UCUUGUACCGUGGUUUUACAGUCGUUGCUGGGAAGUGUUUUAUACGUAAUCGAAGUAUCUAGGUUAAUAAUUAUAGUAAGAACAUUUCGAAACAGCUGUAAAGCCGGCGACUUCAAACGGUACAACACCGUUAGAUUAAAAAAAACACUGUCUAUUGUAACAAAGGAAAAAAUAUAAUGAUCAGUAAUCACUCGCUCGCUCUGAUGAAUACAAAUUUGAAAUAAUUUUCAAAGGGAAACCUUAUUUAACAUUUUAAAUAUUUUUCAAAACCAGGAAAAACUUAGUACGUUCAACUAAUAUUAUUAUCAAAAAAAACAGCUGAUGACGACCUCUUUACUACAAAAAGUGAUAUUCGAACUCAUUUCGUGACAUGUAAAAAAGUUGUGCAUUUUGCCGCGCUUUUUUUGGCGGCACCGCAGCAUCAUCAGUUGAGUUUUAAAAAUGGCGGUCUGGAUAUGGUUGACUGCCCUGUUCUGUGGCAGCCAGGCCGCGGUUCUGCCGCCACCCUGGGCUGAUGUGAGGAAGAACCCCUGUGCUGCUCACCAUAGAGGCUGGUUGAUGCUGUACUGGCCAGCUGAUGGGAAAUGCUACACGAUUUAUAAAAAAGGGCACCCAUGUCCAGACACCCAGGAGCUGAGCCCAGGGCGGUGGGGCGGGCGCACCGUGGCGGAGUGCAAGUGUCCCCCAGGGUCGGCGCAGCUGCCGCACACGACGACAUGUCACAAGCUGUUCGAGCGAGGCCCGUGCCGGCCGGGGGAAUACUUCGCCCCGGUUGAGGAGAGCUUUAAUAAGCGCGGAGAGCGCCAAGGCAUGUGCGUGCGUCCUCAGCAGUGCGCGGACGAGAGCCUUCUCUACUGGCCGGCGGACGGACGCUGCUACUACCGACACAGCCAGGGCCCAUGCUACCCUGGUACCAUACUGGACGUUGGCAGCGACGGGCUAGCCAAUUGCACUUGCUCAAAGUCCAGCCCGCACUACUCUGCUCGCGAGGACGGUUGCUUCGCGCACUACUCCCGUGGCCCCUGCGACCGCGGCCAGCUGUUCCUGCCGGGAGGGACCUGCGGCUGCGAGCCCCAUCUACCACACUACCACAACCAGACCAGUUCCUGCUAUGAACUGGACUCCCUCGGCCCGUGCCCCAAAGGGCACACGUUUUCGAUCACGCAAGUCUCCCCGCACGGCUCUCUGGCUGCGUGCGCGUGCAAGUCGUUCCACGCGCGUGCAGCAGACGGCGCGUGCUACCGACUGUACACGCGCGGCCCGUGCGAGCAGGACGAGAUGAUUGCGAGAGGAGGACGGUGUAUUAAGGUCCCUUGCGCCCGCGGCCGCCUCUACGUCCCUGAGCGGCGGCGCUGCUACCGGCCCGGCGCGCCGGAGCCGUGCCCGCUGGGCGAGGUGGUGGCCUUCGACUUCGACGCGCGCCCGGCGCUCGACGGGUUAAGCCAUAACGGCGUCUGCGCUUGCGGCGGCGGCAGUUGUGCUAGAAGAGAGGUGGAGACAUGUCUAACCCGUCGCGGGGCGGCGGUCUUCAACGGCUCCUGCCACAUAUUGCACACUCAGGGUCCCUGCGACCCACACUCCUGGCUCACCAGGGACCCCCUGGAUGGGAGGGUUAAGUGCCUGUGUAGACCGGGCACGAACAAUUGCGGGAAAACUGGACAAACUUGAGGGUUGUUUUGAGGACGAUAGUUGAUGAAAUCUUAAAGUGGAAGUGGAGUGUAUGGAGUGAGGUUUA